AUGGCGCGGCCUCUCAUUUACACACAUUUUCUAACGUUUAUGGCUAUUGCGUCUGCACAGGAUUAUUACCACACGCCAAGGAUCGGAUCACAGGACUUAGCAACUUGUUAUAAUGCCGAUGGACAGCCGCAAAGGUGUAUCCCUGAAUUUGAAAAUGCAGCGUUUAUGGUGCAAAUGGAAGCUACCAACACGUGUGGUGACAACGGUCCAAAGAUGUACUGCAUACAGACGUCUGCUGGCAGUUCCGCCGGGACGAGGUCCUGUGACUACUGUCAAGCUGGUCAAUUUUCGAGUUAUUUUCUAACGGAUCUGCAUUAUGAGCAAGAUAAUCAAACAUGGUGGCAGUCAGAAACUAUGAAGGAAGGUAUUCAGUACCCAAAUCAAGUAAACUUAACAUUGCAUUUAGGAAAAGCGUAUGAUAUAACAUACAUUAGGAUCGUAUUUUAUUCACCGAGACCACAAAGUUUCGCGAUAUACAAGAAGAAGAGUGAAGACUCUGAUUGGGAACCCUACCAGUAUUACAGUGCCUCAUGUCGCGACACCUAUGGUGUAUUGGAACAACGAGCUGCAGACUUGGGGGCUGAAACUAGAGCCCUGUGCACCAGCGAGUACUCCGAUAUCUCACCUUUAUCCGGUGGUAACGUGGUCUUCUCCACCUUAGAAGGCAGACCCUCUGGUUACACUUUUGAGAGCAGUCCGGAGUUGCAGGAAUGGGUAACAGCGACCGACUUACGAAUAUCCUUGGAUCGUCUGAAUACUUUUGGUGACGAAAUCUUUGGGGACACCCAAGUGUUACAAUCCUACUGGUAUGCCAUCGCUGACGUGUCGGUUGGUGCUCGUUGCAAGUGUAACGGGCACGCUUCCAUCUGCGACUCUAUUGAGAUGAACGAUGGUUCCAGAGCCAGAUCUUGCAGAUGUGAGCAUAACACAGCGGGUCGCGACUGUGAAAGAUGUCUAGACUUCUACAACGACGCCCCAUGGGGAAGAGCUUCCCCCAACAAUGUACACGAGUGUAAAGCGUGCAAUUGCAACGGAUUCUCGAAUAAGUGUUACUUCGACAAGGAGUUGUACGAACGCACCGGGCAUGGCGGCCACUGUAUCGAUUGCGCUGAAAACCGAGACGGCGCUAACUGCGAAAGGUGCAAGGAGAAUUACUUCCAGGGUGCCCAGGAUAUCUGUAUGCCCUGCAACUGUAAUCCUACAGGCUCACGUAGUCUCCAAUGUAACUCGGAGGGCAAGUGUCAGUGCAAGCCAGGCGUGACCGGCGACAAAUGCGACGUUUGCGCCGCGAACCACUUUGACUUUACCGCGCUGGGCUGCAAGCCGUGCGGCUGCAACGAAUCCGGAUCAUAUGCGAACACACCGCAGUGCGACCCGCAGACUGGCGUCUGCCUGUGCAAGCAAAACGUUGAAGGCAAACAGUGUAGAGAAUGUAAGCCUGGUUUCUUCAACUUGGAUAUAGACAAUGAGUUUGGCUGUACUCCGUGCUUCUGCUUCGGCCAUUCAUCACAGUGUAGCUCCGCGCCUAAAUAUCAAGCGAAUGAACUCACGGCGCAUUUCAUAAGAGAUGCAGAGAAAUGGAGUGCAGAGGAUGAUCAAAGGAGACCAGCACCUUUACUAUUCAAUGCUAAUGCACAAAAUAUAGCGGUUAAAUCGAAGGGAUCAGAAAUAAUAUACUUCGUGGCGUCAAAACUGUUCCUCGGUGAUCAGAGACCGUCAUACAACCAUGACCUCAAGUUCACUCUUCGGUUAGGAGAGAGCAGAGGGUAUCCAUCCUCGCAAGAUAUAAUCUUAGAGGGCGCACGUGCUUCUAUUUCGAUGAACAUUUACGGCCAAAACAACCCAGAACCUUCUGAUCAGAUACAAGAAUACAAAUUCCGACUUCACGAAGAUCCACGAUAUGGAUGGACACCUACUCUCUCCAACUUCGAGUUCUUGUCCAUACUUCAGAAUCUAACGGCUAUUAAGAUCAGAGGAACGUACAAUAAAGGUGGAGAGGGGUAUAUGAUGAGUUUUAAAUUGGAUACUGCUAACAUUGGACGAGAGAAAGGAUCAGCUCCAGCGAAUUGGGUAGAAAAGUGUUCAUGCCCGAAUGCCUACGUGGGAGAUUAUUGCGAAGAGUGCGCUCCUGGGUUUAAACACGAGCCUGCGAAUGGCGGACCAUAUUCCACAUGUAUACCUUGCGACUGUAACGGACAUGCGCAUAUUUGUGAUACAGCUACAGGGUUCUGUAUAUGUAAGCAUAAUACAACUGGUAGCAACUGUGAACUUUGCGCAAAGGGCUUCUAUGGAAAUGCUAUAGCUGGAACUCCAGAUGACUGCAAGCCUUGCCCGUGCCCCAAAGACAGUGGUUGUAUUCAGCUGAUGGAUCAGAACAUUGUCUGUACGGACUGCCCCUUGGGAUAUGCAGGACCCAAGUGUGAAGUGUGUGCGGACGGUUUCUUUGGCGACCCAACCGGACAGUUUGGACCACCUAAGGAGUGUGAAGAAUGUCAGUGCAAUGGAAAUGUGGACUCUAACGCCGUCGGCAACUGCAACAGAACCACUGGCGAAUGCUUAAAAUGUAUAUACAACACGGCUGGUGAACACUGUGAUAAAUGUCUGAGUGGAUUUUACGGUGACGCAUUGGAUCAGACAAAGAAAGGCGACUGUAAGCCAUGCCAGUGUCACGAAGCUGGAACUUUAGAGAGUCCCGAAGGUCCUCCUCAGUGUGACGGUCUUACUGGCUAUUGUUCUUGUAGAGCGCACGUUAUUGGCAAAAAUUGUGACAAAUGUGAGGAUGGCUACUAUAACAUUGAUUCUGGCGAAGGCUGCAUUCCUUGUGAGUGCAAUCUAGAAGGUUCUUACAACACUACGUGCAAUCCUGUGUCUGGGCAAUGUUACUGUAAGCCUGGAAUCGACGGAAAACACUGUGAUCGUUGCCGCGCGUACCACUAUGGAUUUUCGGGUGAAGGCUGCCUGGACUGCGACUGUGACGAAUGGGGUUCUACUAACUAUCAGUGCGAUGUUAGUGGGCAAUGCUCCUGCCAAGAGAAUGUCGAGGGAAGAAGAUGCGACCGUUGUAUGGAAAACAAGAAACGAAGAGCAGAUGGCCAAGGAUGCGAGGACUGUCCGCCUUGUUAUAACCUCGUUCUUGACGCUGUGAAUGAUCACCGACUCAAGCUAAAAGAAUUGGAUGAGAUAUUAGUUAAGAUUUCAAAAGCCCCGACUGUAGUAGAGAAUGCAGAUUUCGAUCUAGAGCUUCAACGUGUGCGUGUUGAAAUAGAACGACUCAUUCUAGACGCACAAGCGGAACUUGGUAAUGGCAGUUUCAGUUUAACAAACAACCUUGCUGAGUUGGCUGACAGAUUGACAGAUGUUAGAAAUAUGCUAUACAAGAUUGAAGACGAAAGCUAUGAAGGAAACGAAUCUGUUGAAAGAAGCAGAGGUAAUAUUACUAAGGCUGAAGACACCAUUGAAGCGGCACAGAAAGAGAUUAACAGUGCCUUAGAAUAUCUUGAUGGUGAAGGAGCAGUCGCUUUAGCCAAAGCCCGUAAUAGAUCCGAUCAGUUUGGUAAGCAAUCUGUUGAUAUGUCCGCUCUGGCUAAGGAGUCGCGUCUUCUAGCAGAAAAACUUGAAAAUGAAGCAAAAAAUAUUCAAGAAAUAGCCGACAAGGCAUUUAAUACGUCGUUACAAGCCAACAAAAUUGCUAAGGAUGGCAUCAAUAAGCAGGCUAACAUAAGUAAUGAAGUCCAAAUUCUUGCCAAUGAAAUGAAUGCUGCAACAGGAAAAUUAAACAGUAUGAUUGAACUAGCCGACCAAGCGUUAAUGAGGGCUAAAUCUGUAUACGAUGACGCUCUGGGUCUGUAUGCAGAAGUUAAUACAACAUUGUUGCCUGAUAUCAAACUGAAUAAGCUUCAUCACGAUUCUAUGGAGAUGAACAGAACAAUAGAUGAAAAGGUAGCUGAACUUGAACAACUCAUGAAUAGCAAUGGAGAGACCCUCAACAACCUAGAAGAUGCCAUACAUAGGGGUAGGGACCUAUUGGACCAGGGUCACGACAGACAAGAAGAGCUAAAUGAUCUGCUGGCUAAGCUUGACGAGCUACAGGCGCAAGCCAAGAAUGAUGUUGAACUCACAAAAGCAACAUUAAAAGACGCUAAUGAAAUUUAUAAGACUCUGAAAGAAUUUAGCGAUCAAGUGGCCGAGUCCCGACACUUAGCAGAGCAAGCUGCAUUAGAUGUACCGGGGGUACAGGAGAAGGUAGCAGCUGCAGAAGAGAGUAUCUCUAGUAUUAUUGAAGAGUUAAAUACUGCUAGUGAUAAAGCCAAGGAAGCCAGAGAUUUAGCACAACAAGCGCAGAAAAAGUAUGCUGAUAAGGCUUCUGAGGCAGCGCACGAGAUUAGGAAAAAGGCAUCUUCAUCCAGGAUUGAAGCUGGUAAACUUCGAGAUGAAGCUGAUAAAUUAUCGACUCGGGUCAAGGGAACAGCGAAACAAAUUGAAGAUCGUGAGAAACAAGCUGCAGAAAAUAUGCAGUUAACUCGCGACGCUAAGAUGAAAGUCGGCCAAGCGAAUACAGACGCUAGAGAAGCUGAGAAACAAGUGUCAAAGGGCUUGGAGGACCUAAAAGUUAUAACGGAUGAGUUGCAAAAUUUGCCAACCCUCGAUGACGAUGCUUUAGAUCGAUUACAGGAAAGUUUGGAUAAAGCAGAAAGCGCUUUACGCCAAGUGGACUUGGAUGGAAAAAUAAAAUCCUUAACUGAGGCGAAGAACAAUCAUCAGAGAUGGAUUAAGCAAUACCAAGAUGAGCACGAUCACCUUCGAACGGAAGUGGACAACAUAAAGGACAUACUUGAUCAGCUGCCAGAAGGUUGUUUCAAGAGAAUUGUUCUGGAGCCCACCGAGGGACCUAGUAGACCCGCUAGCUUUAGGUAG